AUGGCAUCUGCAGAUCUGCCGACGCUGUCUCCCCGGCUCGACGAGAAGGAGCUUCCGCCGGACUCUCCUGUCGAGAAAGAUAAGUUCGACUCUGACGCCGAGGGAAGUAAGGACGAUGUGUCCGUUGCGCUGGGACGGGAGCCAGUGAUAGUGGACGGGAAGGACGUGUCGAGGUACAUCGUGGACCUGCGAGACGACGGUGAUGCGCCCAUAACUUUCCGCUCGAUGCUCCUCGGCACCAUCCUGUCGGGCCUCACCGCAGCAUUGUAUCAGCUCUACACGUUCAAACCUGUCGAGACGAGCAUAUCCGGAGUAUUCUCACUGCUCGUUGUGUACUCCUUCGGACAAGCAUGGGCGAAGUUUGUUCCACAACGUAGCUGGGUUCAAGGCACGCGCUUCGAGUACUUGGGCCCCGUCCUCCACAUAUUAAACCCCGGGCCGUUUGGAAUCAAAGAGCAUGUUUGUGCCACUAUUAUGGCUAAUACCGCUGGGUGGGGGUUCAGCGCGCCCCAGAACUUUGCCGUACAGAGGCUCUACUACGAUACCAAUGUGCAAGCUACUACUGCUAUUCUGGCUACAUUCUCCACCGCCGUCUUCGGAUACGGAAUCAUUGGCUUGCUACGCCCGAUCAUCAUUUACCCAGGCGAGAUGGUCUUCUGGACAAACUUGCCGACGGUCGCGGUAUUUCAGACCCUACACCGUGAUCACCUUGCGAGCUUCAAGCGUUUGAAGUUCUUCUGGAUGGCGUUCUUGAUCAUGUUCUGCUACGAAAUCAUUCCAGCCUACAUGUUCCCACUCUUGAACGGCUUCAGUAUCAUCUGCCUCGCCUCACAAGGAGCUAACCCCGGUGCACUGGACGUUAUCACCAACUUAUUUGGGGGCGCGGAAGGAAACGAAGGCUUGGGCAUUCUGAACUUCUCGUUCGACUGGCAGUACAUUGGCUCGAAGUACAUGACACUACCGCUGAUACAGCAGGCGAACCGCUGGGUGGGCUAUGUCAUCAGCUACGUGGCGAUUGCUGCUAUCUUCUACAACAAUACGUGGAAUUCGAAAUCGCUCCCCAUGCUUUCAACGUCCCUCUACUUCCCCAAUGGCACCAAGUACAAGCAAAGCUCCGUCUUCACCGGACCAGGCGUAUCGCUCAACGUGACGGCUCUCGAAGAGGUUGGCCUACCGCUCAUGACUGGAUCCAACGCCUGGUACAACUUCUGCAUGAACCUGGGCGUCGGUGGGCUCAUCACACACUCCGUCGCCUUCUUGAUUCCUAUGAUGCGCCAGUCGUGGGCGCACUGGCGUGCCCGAAGUUACCCAGAUCCGCACUAUCAAGCAAUGCUGAAGUAUAAGGAGGCGCCGCAAUGGUGGUACAUGGCGCUUCUGGUGCUCGGGUUCGUCGCGGGUCUCAUCGCAUGCACGAAGGGCCAGACGACUCUUCCCGCUUGGAGUUACAUCGUUGCGCUUUUGCUGGGCGUCUUCAUCACACCGUUCAACUCGCUGCUGUACGGUCUGCUUGGCUCAGCUGUCACGACGAACCAGAUCUCAAAGAUGGUCGCUGGGGCUAUCAACCCUGGGAAGCCUGUCGCGAACUUAUACUUCUCGAUGUGGAGCCACGAUGUUAUCUCGGAGGCCAUCCUUAUGGCAGAGGACUUGAAGAUGGGCCAAUAUCUCAAGAUACCGCCACGUGCCAUGUUCCUCAUCCAGAUAUGGGGCACCAUCAUCGGCUGCAUCGUCAACUACGUAGUGAUGGUAUCAGUCGUCACCUCGCAACGCGAUGUGCUCCUCGACCCAGCUGGAACGAACAUCUGGUCCGGCCAGAAGGUUCAAGGCGCGAACACAGACGCGGUGACGUGGGCGUUGGCGAAGUAUCUGUACUCGCCUUCCGGGCCGUACUUCAUCGUUCCGAUGGGUAUAUUCAUCGGCAUGGCGCCUACACUCAUACAGCGUGCUAUCGCAUGGCGUUGGCCGAACCUACGGCUUGGACCGGUGCACAUCAACGACAUUAUCUUGCCAAUCAUCUGGACUUCAUCUGCGUACACGUACGCCGGCGUCACGUCCAUCUACACGACCAUCACUCUCGUCGGCAUCUUGACGCAGAUGGUCUGGCGAGUCCGAUACCCGGCUUCAUAUCGCAAGUACAACUACGUGCUCGGCGGUGCGCUGGAUGGCGGUGCUCAAGUGAUGAUAUUCAUACUAUCGUUCGCCGUCUUCGGCGCGGCUGGUACUCAGCGGCCCUUCCCUUCUUGGGCGGGUAAUCCAGCAAAGGGAAAUGCGGAUUAUUGCAACGGCAAUGGAGCUUUGGAUUAA